CCUGAUCCAAAGCCGGAGCAAAGGAUCCGGUUCUGCCACCUCAAGGGAACGGCCCCGACCCAGAAGGAAUCCUCGAAAUCCUGUGGUCGGCGGGGAGUGAGAACGGAGAGGGAGAUAACCGAGCAACAGCGGUGAGAAAGAGGGAUGAGCGGCAGCAUCAGAGCUUCCAAUCUCUUGCAUCAAUGGUGGAUUCCUUCCACCAAACUACCUAUCGGAACUGGGAGGAGAAGGAGCUCUCGCCUUCCCAUAGGUCUAAUUUCAGCUUUAGAAGCGCGGCUUGGCCUUUCUCUGUGUUUAUGUCAGCAAUUGCAGACAGCCACUGGUGCAGUUAUUGAUAAAAGUUCUAAACAUGAAAUGGUUGGAGCAUUUCAGAAGUUACCCAUGGUGAUGCCUUCAAUUGAUAUACUUUCUUCUGCACAGAGGAAAGCAAGAAAUGUGACUCCUACGAAGGGUAUUGCAAACAUCGCAAAGCGAGAGAGAAAUAGAGGGGCAAAGCAACUUGAUGCGUUAAUGAAAGAAUUAGCUGUUCCUUUGAGAGUGUACACGGAGAACUUUCCUAACAAACGAUAUCUGCAUCCAUAUGAGAGCUCUCUCAUUGAGUUGACUUUUGGUGAGGGUAAUUAUGAGGAGGUAUUAGGAAGAGUGGAUGCUCUCAGGAAGAGGCUUAUAUCUGUUGGAAAGCAGCAUGCAUCCCUUUGUGCUAAGUCCUCAUCAAAGCGUGAAGCAGAAGAGCAGCUAAGUGAGGGUUUAAAAAAGCUUGAGGAAGUUUUCCAACUAGGAAAAAAUGCUGUUGAUGAUUUGUUAAAUGUUGCAAAGACUUUGCGUGCUAUGCCAGUAGUUGAUCCACAGAUACCUACACUUUGUCUUGUCGGAGCACCCAAUGUCGGGAAAUCAUCAUUGGUUCGUAUUCUCUCAACAGGGAAACCAGAGGUUUGCAACUACCCUUUCACAACCAGAGGAAUACUUAUGGGUCACAUUAUUUUCAACUACGAGCGUUUUCAGGUUACUGACACUCCAGGUCUUCUUAGAAGACGUUAUGAUGACAGGAAUAAUCUGGAAAAACUGACACUCGCUGUCCUCUCUCAUUUGCCUACUGCUGUAUUGUAUGUUCAUGACCUCUCUGGAGAAUGUGGAACCUCACCUUAUGAUCAGUUCAUCACCUAUAAAGAAAUAAGGGAACGAUUCGAAGACCACCUUUGGCUUGAUGUUGUUUCAAAAUGUGAUUUGUUGGAAGACUCCCCAGCAAACAUCUUAGAAGAUGAUGUCGCGGGUAGAUAUAAAAGGUUUGGCCCAGAUGGAGCUAUCCGUGUCUCAAUAAAAAAUGAAGUUGGUGUUGAUGAGCUAAAGAACCGAGUUCAAGACCUGCUGGGCUCCCAGAUGGCUCGUUUAAGAGCUGAGAAAACUCAGGUAGAAAGCUAAGACGUCGAAAGGCAGUUUUUGUGCUUCUGUUGGGGGUUAUGAUAUGCUACUAGAACUGCUGCUCUGCUUCAAAGGGAAAAAAAAAAAUCAAUUUAAUGGCUUGAAUAGCUUUUGUUCUUCUACAAGGAGGAUAAGACUGAUUUAUUUUUGACCAAAGCAAUGUAUAAGGCACAGUAUUAGAAGGUAUUUUAGGAUACAUUCUUCUAAUUGUUCUCUAUAUUAAGAGGUACGCUGCGAGUCAUGAUGGUA